UGAAGCGAAGUUUUGCGCGGUACUGGUCUAUAACGAUGUAAUUUAUCUGAAACAACCUUACCCCAAGGUCGUUCAUUAAUCUCUGUAAUUUUUGAGGCAUCUGUUUUGAGUUUUUCGCACUUCGCUUGUUUGCAGUCACACUGUGAAGUUGGAAAGUGCUCGGUGUGUUAGUUGCGGCUAUUUAGUCGAUUAUUUGCGAAUUUUGUAGCAGAUUUUUCGAUGCGUUGGAAAGUUGGACAAUGUUUUGCUGCCUCCCUACUUCUCGUGCGGAAGAGUGACCUCUUACAAUGCUGCCUAUAGAUCUUUUUGCUUAAAAUGCCAGAAUGUCAGUAAAUGGCAUACCGUUGCGCUUAUCGAUAAUUUUAAUCGGCUUCCAAUUGGCAGUAGCUGUUUACGACUUUCGUCAUAUUUCGUACACAGAUCUGCAUUCGUCGGUUCAUCGCUUUUCUCCGGAAGGCGUUACGUCGUAUUCCCAAAUUCUCUUCGACAUAUCGAGGAACCAAGUGUUCGUCGGCGCUAGGGAUGUGUUAUACAGGCUGUCCCUAUCGACGCUCGACUUAUUCGAAGCCGCUCACUGGGAAGCGCCCCAGAAUAAAAUCUAUUCCUGCAUAUAUAAAGGACAGACGGAAGAGAACUGCCACAAUUAUAUAAAAAUAUUGCUUACUAAUGGCAGACAAAUAUUCGCGUGCGGAACAAACGCGUUUGCGCCGCAGUGCUCAUGGAGAGAGAUCGACAAUAUAUCGAAGGUCACGGAAUUAGUGGACGGGAUCGCCAAGUGUCCUUACAAUCCGGCAGCUAGCGUAACGGGAUUCAUUUCGGACAAUUCGGAGUACUAUUUCGGCGGUACCACCGACUUUUCCAGUUCCGACGCGUUGAUCUCGAAAAGCGUCUACGGCCAACCGACAUUAAGGACCAAACAGUACAACAGUUUCUGGCUCAACGAUCCUCAGUUCGUCGGUUCGUUCGAAACGUCGCAGUUCGCGUAUUUCUUCUUCAGAGAAACCGCCGUCGAGUACAUAAACUGCGGCAAAGUCGUAUAUUCGCGCAUUGCCCGCGUGUGCAAAAACGACCAAGGCGGUCACACCAUGCUCAAAGACAACUGGACGACUUUCGUCAAAGCGCGGCUCAAUUGCUCGGCUAGCGGCGAUUAUCCGUUCUAUUAUAACGAAAUUCAAAGCGUCGCUUACGUACCCGAACAGGAUAUAGUAUACGCGACUUUUACUACACCUUCGAAUAGCGUAGCAGGUUCGGCUGUGUGCGCUUUUAAUAUGAGCGCUAUUCAUGACGCAUUUAACGGUCCUUUUAAGUACCAACCCGAUAUGGGAAGCGCGUGGACGCACCACGACGUCCCUAAUCGGGACCAUUUGGAUUGCAAGGCGUCCAAACAUAAUUUGUUAGAAACCGUACGUUAUCAGUUAAUGGACGGGGCGGUACAAGCGGCGACGUUAGACCCUUUGCACGUCGCAGAGUUGGAAAGAUUCACUCAUAUUACCGUCGACGUCGUUACCACUAAACAACACGAGUUGGUACACGUGAUCUACGUUGCCACACAAGUGGGUGUCGUUAAAAAACUCGCGUUUCACACGAAGAGCAAAGUAACGUGCGUGGUGGAAGUCUGGCAAACUACAUCGGAUUCCCAAACGAUUAAAAAUAUGCAGUUUUUGAAGGAGACAAAUUCCGUUUACGUGACGACCGAUAACGGAUUGAUGAGGAUACCGGCGAAUCACUGCAGAAGACAUUCUUCGAAAGAGAGCUGCGUCAACGCGAUGGAUCCGUAUUGCGGAUGGAACGAAAUCGAAGAUACUUGCACGACCGCACCGAGAGGUGAGCCGCACCAUAAGUUUUGGAAGCAGAAAGCUAACGCCUGUCCGGUAUUGGAUACCCCAAUCAACGGCGGUUGGAGUAGUUGGUCGGAAUGGAUCACGUGCUAUCAUCGGAUAUCAUCCGAGAUGGAUUAUUCGGCAGAUCAGUGUCAAUGUCAGACGCGACAAUGCAAUAAUCCAGCACCCGCGAACAACGGCUUGCCUUGCGAAGGCUUGGCCGUCGCCGUGACCAACUGUACCGUACACGGCGGUUGGUCCGAUUGGUCCGCUUGGUCGGCUUGUUCGGCCAGUUGCGGAACCGCCGUUAAGACCAGAUCUCGCACCUGCACCAAUCCCGCACCCGCCUUUGGGGGGAGGGUAUGCGUUGGGCAAGAUAGAAUUGAAGCAUUUUGUUCGGAAAUACCGCCUUGUCCUGCACAGCCGGUCGACGGUGGGUGGAGUUCGUGGUCGGUAUGGUCGGCCUGUUCCGCAAAUUGUGGCGGCUACAAAAUUCGCCAGAGGAAAUGCGACAAUCCGCCGCCCAAAAACGGCGGGCAACAUUGUAGAGGGAACGACGUCGAAUACGAAAAAUGCAACGAGAGUUUAUGCGCCGAGCAAAAGAAAACGCACAUGACCGAAUGGAUCACCGACUACAAUAUCUCCAACAACGGUUUCCACCAACGGAGAUAUAAGAUUACGUGUAAAGCGCCCACCAGGCACGCCCAUCAAAUAAAAAUGACCGUUAAAGAUGAGACGCAAGUGUGUUUGUCCAAUAAGCAAUGCGAAUCAGAAGACGAGCAGAUCGGUUGGAGUCCGUGGACGAAUUGGAGCAAAUGUCCGGUGAAUUGUGGUGGAGGGACACAGUUCAGAACGCGAUUCUGUCUCAAGGGUAGAAGUUGUUCCGGCACCUCUACGGAAACGCGUGACUGCAACAAGCACGCCUGCGAGGACAGUUGGGGAUGUUGGUCCGAAUGGUCCCCGUGCAAUGUCUCUUGCGGAUGGGGCGUAAAGACCCGAUACAGGGAAUGUUUGGGGCACAACUGCAGGGGUGUGGCGCAACAAGAACAGCCAUGUCAAGACCAGCCGUGCGAGAAUAUCUUAGGCUGGGGCAAUUGGACCGAAUGGUCUUUAUGCGACGACAACAACGAGCAACAUAGGAAGCGUACGUGUUACACGCAAAACCCGGGGCCUCAGAUGUGUCAAGGCAAUUCGGUACAAACAAGAAUGUGUGUAGGAAACAUACUUACCAACGAAAUAAAUGCCAUGGGUGUGCAAAUAGACGACUGCUCCUGCACAUCGACGGCCUUGUCGUUAUUCUUUCUGGGUAUCAUAAUCGGACUGCUGCCGGGUGUGAUAUGCCUGUUGUGUCACAUAUUUAAGAAGAAAAAAAAUCGAAUACCUAGCUCUCCGCAUUAUAUAACGAAAGAAAAUACCUACAUGCGCGUGCCAAGGCGGGAGAAGAAGCUAUCGGGAUCCCCGACGAUCUACAGUGGCGGCGCAAACGGGACGUUGAAGUCGAUAAAGGCGAAAUUCGAUUUUGAAAACAUACCGACGUUAAAAAGGCAAAGCAAUGAAAUGAAAAACGGCCACGCCAAACAGUACUGCGACAAUGACAAAUAUUUAUACGAAUAAUUCGACUGAUUAGUUUUAAGUUUUAUUUAUGUGAUACGGGGGGGUUUCGUAGAUUAGAAAUCGACGCCAUUCCUAAUCCAAACUCUGCGUUUGAAAAAUAGUUUUUCCUCGUUAUCUACCUCUUUUAUCGCUUAUCGAAAAAUGUCUCCCAUUCGCGAUACCAGCGGCAGCUAUUUCAGAUCAGCGCUCGUAUUCGAAGCGCAAUUCUUCGCGUAUAUAUGCAAUAAUGUUUAUUUUACUAACAAUAACAUAUGUACCUGCCUAAUAUUUCCUUUUCUGUCUAUUUAAGUGCGUAAACGCGACAUUAUCGUUGCACUUUGCCAUAUUAUUGCAUAAGAUAUAUAUUUUUUCUGUAGUAUAUUUUUGAUUUUUCGAAAUUUUAUUAACCAAUCGAUUUUAUUAAAAGACUUGUAAAUAAUCUAUCCCUCAUAUUGAGGCGCGAUUAAUGAUGAAUAUUGUAUAUUGUCAUGAAAUA